GGGAUUCCAAAAUCCCGCCUUUGGUUUCAGUGCUUCCCGCCAAGCCAUGGAGGACUCGGAGAUGUUGGAUGGCGAGCCGAAGCUCAUCGAGAGGAAGCAAGCUCUCUAUCGUUGCCUGGAUGAGAGGUUUGUGAUCCGUGGGGAGAGGUAUAAAGGGCAACAGUAUAGCCAGAUCUACUUCACUCGUCUUCACCACAUGCGCAAUCUUCUCCGCCCCCUUGUUCCCGACUGGAAACCCCAUCUCCCUGUUCAAACGGUACUAGGACUUGAGGAAGGAAAGGAAUGCAUUGUAAUUGGGACCAUAUACAAACACAUGAAACUUAAGCCUUCUAUUCUUGAUGAGUACUCUAAGGAGAGAUCAGCAGUUCCGCUUGUUAAGCCACAUAACUUUAUGCAUCCAGAUGAUCACCUUAUUUUGGAAGAUGAGAGUGGAAGAGUAAAGCUGGCUGGAAAUUGUCUUGUGCCUUCAACGUUUGUUACAGGAGUUGUCUUGGCUGUUCAUGGAAAGGAAACAACUGAUGGCGAUUUUUUGGUUCUAGAUGUAUUGGAAGCUGGGCUACCUCCACAAAAGGCGAUCUCAGUUGGCUUAAGAGAAGACAAAUAUGUGGUUUUCAUAUCUGGAUUGAGUGUUGGGAGUAGCUUGUUUAAUCCUCUCCAGUUCCAGCUUUUUGUUGAUCAUAUUACUGGUCAUCUGGGUGAUGAGAAUGAACAGAACAUUGCUUCUCAAAUUGUCCACCUUGUCAUUGCUGGAAAUUCUGUAGAAAUUUCACAAGGUCUCCUUGGUGGUCAGGCAUUAACUUCCAAGGAUCAAUCACUGUUAUCUGAGCCAAUCAAAGAACUUGAUGUUUUAUUAACACAGCUUGCAGCAGCAUUGCCUCUGGAUAUCAUGCCAGGAUCCAAUGAUCCUGCAAACUUCUCAUUACCUCAACAGCCUCUGAAUAGGUGUCUCUUCCCAGGAGCAUCUGUGUAUAACACCUUCAUGUCAUGUACAAAUCCUCAUCAGUUUGAGCUUGAUGAUAUUCAGUUUAUCGGAACAUCUGGUCAGAACAUUCAUGAUCUUGAUAAGUAUUCGGAAGCUACAGAAAAGGUUGAAUUUGUGGAGAGGACGUUGAGAUGGAGGCAUCUAGCACCAACAGCUCCCAAUACCCUUGGAUGCUAUCCAUUCACAGACAAGGAGCCUUUUCUUCUUGAAAGUUGUCCACAUGUGUACUUCACUGGCAAUCAGGACAGAUUUGAAACUCGUGUAAUUGAAGGACCUCAGAAGCAAUUCACAAGGCUCAUAUGUAUUCCCAGGUUUUGUGAGACUGGAACUGCAGUCAUGCUAAAUUUGAAGAAUUUUGAGUGCCAUGCUCUUAGUUUCUCAACUGACUUGUAAUGACUAAUGUGGCUUGCAUUCCUGCACCAACAACUUGGAAACUGUAGCGGAGUCAUAAAGAUUGAGGAAUCACUCAGAACCAAGGAUGUUCUUGGUAGAUACUGUGCUAUCAGAGAAGACCAGUGGUUCCGUUUUUCCUUUUGCAGGACUAGUUUUUUAGGUGCAUAUAUGCUCACGUGCAUGUUCUGUAUUGUCAAAUUUUGUGAUGCGCGCUUCAGAGUUAAAAAUAAUUUAUUGGGUGUAAUUGCAUGUCAAAAACAUUGUCUCACUUUUGGUUUGGCCCUAUUUAAUUAAGUUACCUUCAGAG